AUGGACGGGGAGUGGCCUCAAUACAACUGUGUUGUGCACAAUGAUCUUGACCCCUUCAUGACAAGUGAACACAACCACCUACUGCAGCACGACCAUGGUGAUGAGACAUAUGGUCUACUUGGAGCCACUGCCGACGUGGGAAUGAUUGAUAAUACCAACGUUGUUGCUGGAAACCAAGGAAACAACAAUGGAGAAACCUACAGUGAGCAGAGGAUGCAGCCAAGGCAUACCAACUAUCACCGUCUCCGCAGAGAACAGAUCCAACAACUUGAAGUUGUCUUCCGGGAAAUCCCUUAUCCAGAUGAGAAACUCCGGAAGACCCUUAGUGAGAGGCUUGGCAUGAGUGCCCAACAGGUCAAGUUCUGGUUCCAAAACCAUCGCCGCAACAGUAAGGGCAAGACGCAAAGGCGGGAGACUAACACUCUUCAGUUAGAGAACCAGAUGCUAAAAUCUGACAGGCAAGCCAUCAUGUUGGCUAUGGAAAAUAAAACUUGCCUCAAAUGCAAAGGGGCGGUGGUUCAAACUCAGGACAGCUCAGAGCGCCAACGCUUGUUCAAGGAGAAUAUGAACCUCAAGGAGGAACUUAGGCUUGCCGCGACCCAUCUUAAAGAGGGUCUCCAACAAAAUGGAAUGUGGCCCCGAUUGACCCGCAACUAACCACACCGUCGUUGGUCGUUUCCAACGUUAUCCUGUCGCAUGAACGCUAGUUUUGCUCGAUUCCUAGACAUGCAAAUAAUGCAUCAUGUUGUGUGUGUAUGUGCAUGGCUUGGAUGCUUGUUUAUUUCUUUUCGUAGGCUGUCAUGGUUGCUUCGUGGGAUGUCACGAGAUCUAGUAAUCAUGGCAACAAUGUAUGGGUUGUGGAGUGAGUGGUUUUGGGAUGGCAUUGCC